UUUAAUAAGUUUGACUAAUUUUUGAUUCAUUACAUGACAUAUAUCAUACAACUUUUUUUUUUUAAAAAAAAAAAAAAUCUGAAAAACAGAAAUCUAUAGUAAUACGAAACAAGCCCUCAAUUAUCGGUUAGCUAAGAAAUACAGCUAAUACAAUCAACGGUUUUAUAAAGCCACUAAUUUGGAUCCUAUUGCCUAAGUCGGUGUUUAAUAAAUCUUCUAUAAAAUUAGCUUGAUAAAAUCUCUAUAAAUACAAUUAGUAGUUUUAUUUACAACUUUUAAAGACACAUCUAGCAAUACUAUUUGCUUAGGGUUUGGCUUCUGCAUCCAUCUUCCCCAAAUUCUCAUUUUUCAGGUAAUCAAAAUCCUAAUUUCUUUAUCUCCCAGUUAAAGUUGAUCUAUACAAUCAGUGAAUUAAGAUUUUGAUUUCCCUAUAUAAUUUAAUUAAAAAUUGGAUUUUUUUUGUCUGAAACUACCUAAUAAAUCUAGAUUUAUUGAGAAUUUGCGUAAUAGGAGGUAGUGAAAGACGGAAUAACUCAGGUUUGAUUUCCACCAUUGACCUAAUUUUCUUAUAUUAACCCACCUCAAACACCCUUGAAACCAUCGCGAGGGUUGGAUUUCAAGGUGGUAAGGCUUUUUUUGGGAUUGUUGGGGGGUAUUUCGAGUUAGUUGGCAUCGGGAUUCGAGAUGAUGGUUUUUGGGGUAAGAGAGGGAGGUUUUGAUGUUGGAGGGUGGUUUCACCGUGAUGGAGGCAAUUUCAAGUGAGUUGAGUGUUGGUUAUCGGGAUGACAGUGGUUUCAAGAGAUGUUUUGAGUUGGGUUAAUGCAUGAAAAUUUGUUCAACAGUGGAAAUCCGGCAUAUGUAGUAUUUUUACAAUAUCUUAUCUCUGGUGAACAUUAACAUGGAGAAGAGAGUUAAUUUGGAGAAGAAUUUAGAUAGAAUUUCUGAUUUGCCAGAACCAAUUAGAAGGCAUAUACUUUCAUUUUUGCCAGCUGAUGCUGCUGUUAGAUCUAGCAUUUUGUCGAGAAGUUGGCAGGGGUUGUGGACUGAACUUCCAAAAUUGAAAUUGAGUGAAUAUCAACUUAAAUUUCAAUUUCGUAGGUCACUUAUGGUUAAAAAAUUGCCUAAAGGUAUGAAUGAUGGUGCUAGAGUGAAGAGAGAGGCAAUUCUUAGGGAGAGGGAGGCGUUUUAUGGGUUUCUUGAUCGGGCUCUUGAGUCGAGUUCGGAUUUCAAGAAGCUUGAUCUUUAUGUUUUUGGUUACAGGUUGGAGUUGGAGUCUCGCUUGGAUCAUUGGCUAGAAUGUGUUGUUAGGCGUCGGAUUAAAGUAUUGAAAUUGCACUUUAGUUCACGGAAAAAACCUAGAUAUUGUUUGCCUAAGAUUGUAUUAGGUGCUGAUUCACUCACAAAAUUGCACUUGCAAAAAUGUGAGUUGAAUUCGUCUCGUUUUGUGGAUGCUCAAUUACCUUCCUUACGAGAGAUAGACCUUGAAUAUGUUUAUAUGGAUGAUGGAGUUAUUGGAAGCCUAGCUGCUGUUUGUCCUAAUCUCGAGGUUUUGGAUGUCAUAAGUUGUCGUGGGUUGACAAGAUUUGUAGUCUCUGGUCUCAAUAAGCUCUUAACUAUUGAAUUUGAGACAUCUGCUGAUGUAAUUGAGUUGAUUGAGAUUGAGGCUCCUAAUCUGUUGGAGUUCUUCUAUAUUAAUGAUCGCGAUAUUGAUGCUCAGGCGUGUGCAAUCAAGGUGCUAGCCUGUCCAAAGAUGAGACGUCUGAGAUUACAUGGUGCUCAAUUGGGUGAUGUUGUUUUUAAACAGAUACUUGAAAAUCUUUUUGUCCUUGAAAAAUUGGUACUAUAUUGCUGCAAUUUGUUAGAGCAUGUUUCUGUUUCAAAUCAAAAUCUUAUCCAGGUCCAAUUUUCCUGCUGUGGAUGCAUUAAAAUGGUUGAAAUUGAUGCUCCUAAUUUAAAAUCCUUUCAUUAUUCAAAUGGUGAGCUUAUGACUAUUAAACCCAAGGGUUGUGCUCUCAAGUUAACCAAAGCAAGCAUUUUCAUAAAACCAAACAUCCGAGGUGACAAUUGGUAUGCUUGUUUCAUCAAGUUUCUUGCAGAGCUUCGUCACUGUGAAAACUUACAACUUCGUGUUGAAACUGGAGAGGAAUUUCUGAUCCCUGAAUCAGUGAGGAUGGAAUCCUGCCCUCCCCUACAUGGAGUUAAAAAUUUGGUGGUGCAGCUUCGUUCAUCAUUGCUAAAGUAUACUCAAGUCGAACUUGUUCAGGCUCUUCUUUGGCUUGCACCAUGCCUAGAGUCUCUAACUAUCAAUAAUGACUCUAUUCCGGUCUGCAAGUUUCUUAAGUUCACAUAUGAGAAACCAGUGGAAGGCAAGAACUGUGGCUGCUGGAAGCAUGCCCUUACUGAAGUAUCCCUUGAGAAUCGAAGUGGAGAUGAAGACGAUACAAAACUAGCAACUUUCUUUUCUAAGGCGAGGGUUGAUGGGAAAACGGUAUGUUUUGUCAAGAACGUGAGGCCUGGAUGGUAUCUAAGAUAAUGCUGGGCCUGGAUAGCCCCGUAUUUUCCUGAGUAUAUAAAUGCGGAAGAUGCUUAGAUAUACUUGGAUCAGAUGGGACCAAAGUUGCAGAUCAUGUAUUGUGAGCUUCACUUCUAUUGGUGUCUUUGUAUUUCCUUGGGUUUCUGAGGUUUCCUUAAACAAGCUUUUUUUUUUUAUCCUUUGUUGUUGGAACGACUAAGGCUUUGUUGUUGUUGUUUUAAAACUUUGGGUAGACAGUUCCAUCUUUUUAUUUGAUGUAGGGAUUAUGAAGGAUUUGUUGUUUAAGGCUCAUGAACUUACAGCCAACUGUCCGAAUUCUUAAAUGUUGUUGAAACUGUCAUCAUAUUUAGAAUCAUGCAGAGAAGCUGAGAAAGUUUCAAACUAUUAA